GGUCACACUACACAACCGCGAAAUUGUUAUUGUUUGUUUUUCUAAACUCUGAAAUUAAAAGAAAACUACUCUGAAUUUAAUAUACUAUGGCUGAUAAACAAUCUAUUGGGGAAGCAACCAAGUCCGUCCAGACAUCAGCGGUUCCGAAACAGGAGGAUGAAGAGCAGAAAAAGUCGACGCCAGGGAGUCUCAACUCGGGCUCAGCUGAUGGCGGGAAAACGAAGGAAAAGUCGGAAAAGCCGGCUGGCCAGCCCACCGCCUACAGCAUGCGACCGGCUUUUGGAGAGAUGUUUCCCCUGCCCACCAUCAAGAACAUAAUGAACAACGUGAUGGCUGAUAAGCUCAAGGACAAAACCUACGACAAGGAUGUGGCCAAAACGUGGACGAGUGAGAUUGCGGACGAGGUGAACCAGCAGAUAGCCAGCAGCUCCAAGGUGAAGCGGUACAAGCACGUCGUCCAGGUGAUGCUGGGCCAGGAGCUGGGCGCGGGGGCCACCUACAACUCGCGCUGCUGCUGGGACUGCGACUGCGACACCUCCAUCUCCGAGGUCUUCAGCAACACCAGCCUCUUCUGCGUGUGCACCGUGUUCGGCACCUACCAGUACUAGUCGGGGAUCAUAGAGAUCUGCACGAGUAAGUAAAGGUAGACUCGAGUAGUACUGAGUGAUGAAAACUCUUAAGCUGUCAUCGGGGAAUUGUCAAAGUAAUCGGUUCGUUUUACAGAUUUGGUAUGCGUUUUUGAAAAAUCUAAAUCGAUUGCAAAUUCAGAACAAAAGGAACGUUUAAAAGAAUGCAUGAAUACCUAAUCGAAUUGAGACCGUGAAUUCUUUAGAGCAGGAGUACCCAAUGUGGUCCACUAGAAAAAUUUUGUUAGUCCUACUAUUUUAAAUGGUUAUGCAUUUAACACAAUGACACAUCAAAUUCUUUAGAGCAAGAAAAACCUGGUUUUUAUUUUUUAAAUCUAUAAAAUAAUUAUUUUAAAUAAUAAAUCCGCGAAUGCUUUAGGAUUAAGGGAACCGACAUUUAUGGAAGAAAUUUGUUAUAAAAAGCCAUACAUAUAUAAAUGACCGCUUUAGGAAUUAAAAGUCCAAUGUUAAAUUUAUUACUACUCCUACGAUUCUAUAAUGCCGAGUCGUGGCAUCUUCAGCAUGAUUACAUUUACUUGUGACAUAGGCAUCGAAUCGUGCAGGUCUCUAGUAGACAACCCACAGAACUGAUUAGGCUAAGGACCACCUAACAAUGUUUACUAUUAAAGGGUAGGCACCGGGAAACAAAGGGUUCAUCACUUUCGAUGGUCGACCUUCGUCGAGCUUCAUUGAAUGCGCACGUUCAGCGGAUUGAGUAUGCGGCCCGACAUCACAGCCACGUCCAGGUCGCGAUCCACGAUGAAAAACAGAAACGGAUGAUUCACGGAGAUCUGAAUGGGCUUCGUUUGGGCGCCGUAGUUGCCUAGAGAGCGAAAGGAAGUGUUUAUUGCACUUUGUCUCGUGUUGCAGAGGCUGCAACAGUUGCAACACCAUUAGGUGGGGCCAUCGCAAUGCGUUGCGGCUCAAUGCCUUCGGCCCACUCCACUCAGGUGUGCUGCAAUGCGAGACACUUACGCUUCAGCUGAUUGAUGGGAUGCGUACGGAUGGUGACGUCUAUGGAUUGCUCAAUGUGCCGCACGUAGACGCCCUUCUCAUCAGUCAUGGGCCUGAAAUCCGCGCGAUUCGGCUCGAAGACAUCGCAGCUGCAACGAAAGUAAGAGUGAGCAGGGAGCUGCCGCGAUAACGCCCAUGCUUACAUUCCCAUCUGCAACAAAAAAGCACAAACCAAAGACACUCGGCUCAAUAAAAACGCUUCGAAUGGCACUUCACCAAAAAACACUCACAUUCUGCAGGUCGUUGGUCAGGAACAUGGUCCCGUGCAGCUUGAAAUCUGGAAUGAUGGCCUGCACCCAUCGCGGCUUUAGCUGCUUCCGCAUCAACCGAAGAGUGGGGCCCAGCUUCAAGGAGGCGGCGGCGGCCACGAUGUCCGUGUGAUAGUCGGGCAGCAGGAUCAUAAGGUUGUACUCCGGCGUGUCCAACUCUAGCUCCAGCACGCUUAUUUUUAGGUGCUCAAAGUACUUGUAGUACAGAACAGCGUUGUACACUUUGAAGGUGGUGUGCACCACCUGCUGGUUGCCCAGGUAGAAAACGUGGCUUAUUACAUCCGUGUUAUAGUUGGACUUGCCCUCGGCUCCCUCUCCAAUAUAGUGUGGCUCAAAGUCGUUGGUGAUGGGCGCGAAUGCAGCGGGCACUGGCGGAGGAAUGUGCAGCGGAUGGUGCGGCACGUGAGUGUGCGGAUUGAAGAGCGUCAGGAAGAGAUUCGCAUCCAGAUCCUUGUAGCCUGGCAGGGCAUGCCGCUUGUGCCGCGCCAUUUUCGUCUUCCGAGUCAGCGAGAUGUUUCCCACCGCCUGAGGUGCAAUAAUGGAAAUUACCUGCCGUGUUG